AUGACAAUUGCCCUCAUUUUUAUGGUGCUUUUCGAUAUGUUAGUUACAAAGAGUGCUGGUGGUCAUAGUCUCACACAAAAAAUAACUGUACCUAAUUCAAUUCGACCUAGUGAUUUAGAACGUGAUAAUAUUUGGUUCAUAUCACCAUUACGAAAAAGAUUACCAUUUUGGGUCUAUUUUGCAUCAUCAUUUCCUGCUAUUUUAAUAUCUGUAGUACUUUUUUUUGAAGUUGAAUUAACUGGUAUUAUGAUUCAGUCGAAACUUAAAUGUGUUCAUUCAACAAAAGUUAUCAAAGGAACUGGAUAUCACUUAGAUAUAAUGAUAGCAGGUAUUUUAAUAUCGAUUAGUGGACUAUUUGGUCUUCCUUGGAUAUGUGCAGCACCUGUACGAAGUCUUGCUCAUGUAGCUAGUUUAUCUAAAUAUAGUAAUACUCAUGCACCUGGAGAAAAAGCUCGUUUAAUUGAUAUAAAAGAUCAACGUUUAACAAAUAUUGGUGUACAUUUAUUGAUUGGUUGUACAAUAUUUGCAGCUCCAAUUAUUCGUAAAAUUCCAGUUGCUGCUUUAUUUGGCAUAUUUUUAUAUUUUGGUAUUGUAUCUAUAUCUGGUACACAAUUAUUUAGUCGAAUUAAAAUGACAUUUAUUCCAACAAAAUAUUAUCCAAAUUUUGGCUAUUUAAGACGAGUAUACACAAAACUCAUAUGA